UGCAUCCCCCAGGAUGGGCAGAGCCUGGCAGGGGCAGCUCUAGGCUGGGUGCCCCUGUGGGGACAGACCGGAGGGGCCUUGGAGCUGGGGCUGGAGCUGUCCCCUGUGCCCUGGGGGCAUCUGCACGCUUGACUCCCUGCUGCCGGAGCCUGCCCCUGCUGCCCUGGCCUUGGAGCCCCGGUGAGGCUGGAGCUGCGGCCAAGCUGCAGAGACAGGACCGAAGAGGCUGUAGUCGUCAUGAAGAAGAAAACGGGGAAUGGGAGGGGACCCGAAUCGGCGCUGCACCAACAGAGAGCCAGGGUCAUCACCAGAUUUGCUGAGUAUGUGGGCUCAUUCACGGUGGAGGACCUGGAACUCCAGCAGAAGGUGUGGAUGAUUGAGCAGCAACUCCAGUCUCUGAAGGACUGUCCUAGACGGAGAUCUGUCGUCGUGAAGUUCAGCCUGCAGGGCCUGAAGAUCUACAGUGCUGAUGGGGAGACGCUGCUGAUGGCUCAUGCCCUAAGGCGGAUCCUCUACUCCACGUGGAGGCCCACAGACUGUCAGUUUGCCUUUGUGUCACGAAAUCCACGCAGCCCAGCCAGCAAGCUCUUCUGCCACCUCUUUGUGGGGAGCCAACCUGGAGAGGUCCAGAUCUUGCAUCUGCUUCUGUGCCGCUCGUUCCAGCUCUACUACCUCCUUGUGCACCCCGAGGAGCAGGCCAAGCCCCCUGCUAGCCCUGCCCCGGGGGAGCCAGGGAGGCUGCUGGGAGUGCCCCUGGGAGCCGGAGUAGUGAGAGAGCCACUCAAUCCAGAGGAGGUUUCCCAGAACGUCAACGCGCUGGUGUCCUUCCGCAGGCUCCCCUGUCCCACCGACUCAGGCUCCUUGGGCAGCGUGGAGAGGAGACUGGAACUGGAGGAGAGGGAGGAUGUGGGGAGCUCUCGCCCAUGGAAUCCAUACUACUCCCCGAUCCUGGUGCGCAAGAAGGCGAUUCGCAGCAAGGUCAUCCGCUCGGGGGCUUAUCGGGACUGCAGCUAUGAGGUCCAGCUUCAUCAGUCUGCCCGGGAAAUGUUUCACACAGGCUGGGAUAACAAGGGUGGCAAGAGUAACUUGGUUUACCUGACAGAAAAUGAGAGCAUCCUGAUGGAGAACACUUGGUCUUUUUCUGGGAUUGCCAGGGACUGUGGGAUCGAGCUCCUGAGCAAAGACGUUCUAGGAGCCUUCCUCCUUCGAGCAGAGCCAGGAUCGGCCAAUCAGUGGUGCCUGUCAGUGAGAACGCAGUGCGGUGUCAUUCCUUACAACAUCUUCAGAAACCACCAGGGGAAGUACUGCGUGGAGCAUUUGAACGCUGAGUUCCCCUGCAUGGAGGCACUGUUGGAACAUUACUCCGGGAUCCAAGGGGGCGUUUUCUGCUGUCUGACUGCAGGCCGCAUGAACCACUGCUAUGAAGAGCAAGACUGUGCUGUGGAGAACGGCUGGAGGGAGGAGCUGAGUCCGCGACCGACCCAGUGGGUUUGCAGCCCCAGCAAAUCUCCAAUAGUCCAACAGGAGCUGGGCUAAUGUUUGCUCAGAGCUUUGAGACUUGGCCCUCUCUGACGUUUCUGGCAGAUGCAUGGAAUUGUGCUAACUCAGCCCCGCUGUCCAAGGUGCACCUAUGCUUCCUAUUUUGGCCAUCCUCGUCUGCUAACCUUUAUCUCUCAUUCUGUGUUGUGGAGGGUGGGGGAGAGGAAGGGGAUGGGUGUUCAAGUUUGCACUUUUAAUAUUAGCAGUCGUUGCUCCAGGUAAUAGCCCUAGUAUGUGAUCUCCGAGGAAUAUUAACCUGUCUUCACUUUGACAUUGGGAUCUGUUUCAGGCUAGUUGGGUUAUCAGUCAGCACCAGUGCACAGGAGUACAGAACUCCUGUUUGGUAGCAUUUUACACCUCUCUUUGCACAUGAUCUAAAGUCCGAGGCAGCAACAAAUGGUGCCAGUUGUAUGAUCCUGAGUAGUUUGCUCCAUGCCUGAUCCUGUUUCCAUUGAAUGGCCACCGACUUCAAUGGCAGCAGGACUGGGACCUUGGUAUAUUCACCCAUCCACAGCGUAGCUGAAUGCAGAGAAAGUAGACCUGGUGCAUAGAAGGGAUCUGUUUUUACAUAGCCCCUUCCCAAAACACAGCUGCCCUACAGGGUCCUUCACAGUACUUCUUGAUGUUGCUGUUCACAUUGGAACGGUUGCCAUCUGUACAAGUCCAAGUGUGGUGGCUUGUAACUUGGUGCAGGCUGAGGACUGAACUUGAACCUUCAGGACCAAAAGUAUGAAUCUACUACAGCUCCAUCCGAAGGAGCAGGUCCUACAGCUGAGAGCUGUAACACUCACCCUCUACGGAUAAGUCAGGCAAGGACACAGGCUGCAUUGAACAGCAGGGUUACACAUGCGCUUUUCAGAGGCUAAAAAAGAUAUUUCUAGUACAAUGAGACUGAAAUAUUUUACUCCCUAGCCCCAGAGCACUUGGGACUGGAUGAAAAAUGGGCAUAAAUGGUCAAUGCAGCUGCAUGCAGCUGGGAUUUUACUCUUGCUUUCUGAUGUGUUAUCUAAUACCCUGGAGCCAAUUGGCCCCUGAAACUCUCCUCUUAGCAGAAAUGUAGCACCUGUGGCAGGCUAGUGAACACUUGCUGGACAUUAUACAGGAUACUGUAGCAGGGUGGGCACUAUAAAAUCACAGUUAUUAAAACCUAGGAACUAACCAAGCAGCUUUUAAAACUACCUUAUGCAGAGGACAGGCCAACAUCCCUGAACAGGAGGAUAGGCUGAUAGCAAUGGUGGCUGUACAGGUUGCUUAUGCUUGGGAUUCUUCCCUGAACUCGUUUUAUGGUUUCUGGUCCCAUUUGCAACGUCCUUGGUGUCUCCCCAAACUGAACGUUGUAUGACAAGGCCCUUUCACCCCACUCCUUUUCUUGUCUAAAUGCUUCUCUUCCCCACCUUCAAGCUUCCAAAUUAGCAGAAGACUCACUCAUGUGGGAACUGCCUUCUGUGCGGACCCUUUCCUUGCCUUCUGCUGAGCUGGUAGAACUGGAACCAUUCUAAUGUUAAACCAGUGCUAAGGACCUGAUUCCUCAUUCCUCAGAGGUGCUAAGUACCUGCAGCUUCCACUCCUGGUAGAGGUACUGUAAUCCUGCACGUCGGCUCUCACCUAGGGACGGGAUGUGUCUGGCUUCUAUCUAGUUGUGUUGAGGUUUGUUGGCCGAGUUCUGAUGAGCUGCCCAAGCUCUUGUGAUGAGUUAAAAGGCAAUCGGGACUUGUGGUAGAGGUGAUAUCUUUUAUUAGACCCAGAAGAUUUUUGCAAAAAAAAAAAAUCUUUAAUUGCAAG